AUGUCGGUAAGCGAACAAGAUCCUAAUAGGGCGUACAGAGAGACUCAAUCCCAGAUAUAUAAACUACAGGAAACACUACUAAAUUCGGCGAGAACAAAAAAUAAGCAAGAGGAGGGACAAGAAAGCAACACCCAUUCUUUUCCAGAGCAGUAUAUGCAUUACCAAAACGGCAGAAAUUCGGCCUACGACCUGCCUAAUGUAAGUUCACAGUCGGUUCUUGCUUUCACUGAGAAACACUAUCCAAACAAGUUAAAAAACUUGGGUACACUUUAUUACAAUCGUUUCAAAGAAGGGUCUUUUGAUGAAGACUCCACAAGUUACUCAGACAGGCACAGUUUUCCAUACAACCUUUAUGACAACACUCUUCCACCACCGUUCCUUCCAGCUAUCGGUAUUCAAAAUAUCAAUAAUAUUGCAACGCUAAAAAUAACAUAUGAAGAUAUUCAGGCAAGUUUCAAUAAUAUAGAAUCUCCUAGAAAGAGAAAUAAUGAGAUAUGGGGAUGUGAUAUCUAUUCUGAUGACUCAGACCCAAUACUAGUUUUAAGACAUUGCGGGUUCAAAAUUGGAGCGCCUUCUGGUGGCUCAUUUCACAAAUUGAGAAGAACCCCUGUAAAUGUAACUAAUCAAGAUAAUGUUACAGGUAACCUUCCCCUACUGGAAGGCACACCUUUUGAUCUAGAGGUGGAGUUGUUGUUUUUGCCUACUCUACAAAAGUAUCCUAGCGUAAAAAGAUUUGAUAUAACAUCGCGGGAAUGGGGAUCGGAAGCCACCGUUAUACACGAUGGACUGAGUUACGGUAUCUAUAGUAUUGUCAUUAAGCAAAGACUAGAUAGAGAUAAACCUCAUGAACCAAACGGGUAUAUUAAAAAUUUAAAAUGGACCUAA